GGCCCCAGAACGUUGUUGUGGGUGCUGAACUACAUCUGCCGGAACGGUGGCACACCCCUCGGUCGCCACACCAAGUGGAAGGCCGAGGCCUACCUGGACGACGAGGACCCGGGGGUAGACGUGCACCUACUGUGCUGCAGGCUGUUGGAGUUCGGAGUCGUGUAUGAUCAGACUCAUGCGACCAAUCUAGCUUCUAUGGAACUGGUCGGCCGCACGCUGCAGACCCAGGAGGAGCUGUACCGCGACAGGUUCGCGCCCACGUCCGAGCACGGGAACGACGCUGCGCUGCUGUCCGGCGUCCAGGACGCGGGCAGCGGCAUCUGCAUGGCCCCGGCGCUGCGCGACUGGCUGGCCGCCGAGAAGUCGCGCGAGGCGGCGAUCGCCAAGGAGCGGCGCAAGGCUCGCGAGGAGCGUGCCUUGGCCGCCGGGACCGGCGCGGCCGUGGCCGCGGCGGCCGAGGCCGUGGGCGACGGGGCCGUGGGGGCGGCAAUACCCCAG